GGUAACUCCACGAGCUUCGCAGCCUCUCUACCCGUCCGCCUCUCUCUCUGAAAGGUCAAGUCCUCCAAAGCCACACUACGCCACCUUCAUAUCUCCCUCUCUCUCGAUUGCUCUCUAACCACACAGCAACCACCAAUUCCAUAAGCGUAGACAUACGCAAAGCUUUUUUGGGUUAUUGCUUGGAUUUAGCUUGGAACAAAAGCAAUGCCGGCGCAGAAGCGAGGUCAGGAUGCGGCAGAGGAUGAUCCUGUGCAAGACACCCAGAGCAACAACCAUGAGCACCUGGAGGACGCGGAGGAAUCUGAUCGAAGCCCUUCGUCGAGUUACGGGGACAACAAGGACGAAUUUGUUGCAGUGAAACUGUCAGAUAUUCGUAAGGAAGUACAAUGUCCAAUCUGUCUAGGGAUCAUUAGGAAAACUAGAACAGUAAUGGAAUGCCUGCAUCGCUUCUGCAGGGAAUGCAUCGACAAAUCUAUGCGGCUGGGGAACAAUGAAUGCCCUGCCUGCCGGACACAUUGUGCUAGUCGUCGCUCCUUGAGAGAUGAUCCAAACUAUGAUGCCUUAAUUGCAGCCUUGUAUCCAGAUAUUGACAAGUAUGAGGAAGAGGAAUUGGCUUUCCAUGAAGAGGAAAGGGCUCGCAAUAAGCAGAUACAAGCUUCCAUUGCCCAAACUCUUCAACGGCAAGCAGAAGCUCUGGGUAAGAAGCGGUCAACAGUUAGGAGAACACGGGGCUAUCGAAAUUUGAGAGGAAGGAGAAACUAUCGAAAUGCUGCUGAAAGUCCAGGAUCCGAUGACAACGAGGAUGCGAAUGGUAAUGAUGGAGGCAAAGAUUCGUCUUCUGCUGAUGAGCACACAGAAGUCAGACCCAAGAGAACGAAAAGAUGGGGAGGAGCUCGAUUUUCUCAGCCUUCUCCAGCAGCUACUGAUGUAGAUGGAGGUGGUGAUGAAAAUGAUACUGAAAUAAAUCGAGAACCCAUGGGUGCAUCUGCUGGACUUGUUGGCAGCUCAGAAAGGCUUGCUUGGGGCAAAAAUGGCAUGCGGAGUCACACACGGUAUAGCAGUAUGAGUGGUGGAAAUGGUAAGAAUGCUCGGAACAGCCGCCUCUCAAAAUUAGCUGAUUAUCUGCGGAACUUAGAGGAAAAGGAUGAUAAGUUGACUAUCAGCCUCAUGCUUGUUUCUUUCAAUGAACAAAGUAUCCCAAGUUUGGAGAGGCCCUACCUUUGCUGCAGGUCCACCCUGUCAGUUAGACAACUGCGCCAGUAUGUAGCUGUCCAGACUGCAUUGGAAGAUGAUGAAGUUGUAUUAUACUUGGUAAAAGAAUUACAUUCCAAAAUCGACCUUUCAACCUCUUCAAGUUCUCCACUGUCCAAGUCCAAUGUAAUUGAUCCGGACAAAGAUAAGUUGCGAGUCCUAGGGGAGGAGGAAACUCUGGCAGGACUUAUGACAGACAACCUUAUUCAUGGAUAUUUGCUUCUGGCAUACACAAGGAAGUCGUGGAACUCAAAUUUUGUGACGGGUUUGUCAUGAAGAACAAGCUUUCUCAUCUUUCGUUUAUCAAAGUGUGGUAUAUAGUUAUACUGAGAAUGGAGUCUCUGCUAAUAGAUAGUUUCAAUGCUCUAGGCUAUUUUAUAUUAGGACCAAAUCAAAGCUUUCCCAGGUUGGAAAGUACACAGAAAAUGAAUAUAUUAGAAUCAGGAAGGUUGUUGUCACACUAAAAGGUUCGUUACCACUUUCUACAAGCAUCCAUAGAUUUAUCUAGCCGUCACUAUAUUCCCUUGAAA